UGAUAUGUCUAGUGGUUAAGGAGAAGAUUUUGUUGGAACCUGACUUUUGGCAAUUUCUCUCAUUUUUUUUUUUGGGAUUUGGGAUUCGAUAUAUUUCUUUGUAGUCUCUUCUAUCCUUUGUAAAUCACCGCUGAAAAUGGAAGAGAAAGGGGCAACAACGGCCACCGUCAAAACCACGCAGGAGCUAGCAAUUGAGGGGCAAAACCAAUUGGAGCAGACAAUCGAUGCUGCGUACCAGAUCUUGUUUUCCAUGAACGACGAGCUCUGCAACCCGGCUCUCUGGACCACGCCACCUCCUUCUUCUACCUCCACUAAUAACAGUUCGGCUGCCGUCAUUACCAACGGCUACCACCAUACUCCCUCCAAUGGCGACGCUUCCUCGGAAUCUGGACACCACUUUGAGAUGGGUGGCGGUGCCCUAGACAGAGCUCGCCUCCGUUAUAAAUCCUCCCUCGUCGCUCUCCGUGCAGUUCUUACUGCUAUCCCUACUUCACAGAAGGCAAAACCAUAUGAUUCAUGGGCAAAAACAGGCUCAAUGUCCCCACCCGACCAAGCGGAAAUAGAGACAUUGGAAGAUCGAGCUUCUGUAUUAAGAGAGGAACUUGGUAACAAAAACAAACAGCUGAAGCUUCUGAUUGAUCAACUACGGGAACUCAUCAUUGACAUUUCUACAUGGCAAAGUCCUUGCACUGUUUAAAAUUUCUUAAAAUGAAUGGUUGAACUAGUUCAUGUUAGGUAGGGUUAGAUCAUUGAGUGAAUUUGGUUUAGUCAGAUGGGUUUCAGCAAUGAAUUCAUUUUUAUUAGAAAGCAAUAAUAUUGUCUAAUUAAUCAGUCUCUAGACUUUAACUGUGGUAGAAUCAAUCAUGUAUGUUUCUAGUUAAACCCUCUUGAUGUAAAUUAACAUUAGCUUCCAAUUUAUAUCAAAGAUGAACAAUCUCAU